ACCCAAGCCAUAAAUUACGUUACUCACUUUUUGGGUAAACGCUGACAAGCCGCCGGCCAAACAGUUCACUACUUCUAGAUAGAGAGAGAGAGAGAAAAAAAAAACCAAAAAGAGGAGAGAGAAACUGAGAGUCAGCUACACGCACCGAAGCAAUGGAGAAAACCCCAAGCGUUUGAACUUUUCAACCACAUCAAAAGGUCAGUCCGUCCUUUCCCCUUCCUCCCCCAAACCCUAAUUUAUACACAAAAUCCAUAAAUACACACACAUAUACAUCUAUAUACACACAUCUAUAUACACAGAGCUUGGUUAUGGCGGCGACUGUAGAAGGUCAGGAUAGGGUUAUGGCCACUGCUCAGCAGAUAGUGAAGAGUCUCAACACAUCGAAAGAUGCGGCGGAGGACAUGAUCAUGAUCUUCCAGAGCUUCGACAAUCGGCUGUCGAGCAUCACCGAUUUGAUGUCCGGCACGAAAAUCGGUGAUUGCGAGACCGAUUCGCGGUUCGAUGCCGCCGAGAAGAUCGUUCUCCGGUGGGAGUCGAACUCCGAGCUGUCGCGUCACUCUCUGCCGUGGGAGGACUUGCCGGACGAGGCGGCCGAGUACCUCUCCGCCGUCGACGAGAUCCUCCAACUGACCGAAGAUCUCAAUGGUGGUGGUGGGUCCGAGAGCGAGAUCAUGGAUCGAGCUGAGAUCGCGCUGCAAAUGGCGAUGUCGCGGCUCGAGGAAGAGUUUCGUCACAUUUUGAUUCGGAACACGGUUCCGCUUGAUGCGGACCGGCUCUACGGAUCGAUUCGGAGGGUUUCGUUGUCGUUCGCGUCGAAUGAUGUGGAAAUUGAGUCUUUUGAUAGUUUUGGUGAGAUUGAUCAACUGGGUUACUGUCAUGAGAGGGAUGCUAGUUUGGGGGAUGAUUUGUGUGUGGAUUUGAUUAGUCCAGAUGCGGUUGUUGACCUGAAAGAGAUUGCGGAUCGGAUGAUUAGGUCUGGUUAUGAGAAGGAGUGUUGCCAAGCGUAUAUCAAUGUUCGUCGUGAUGUUCUGGAUGAGUGCAUGUCGAUUCUUGGAGUUGAGAGGCUGAGUAUUGAUGAAGUUCAGAAGAUUGAGUGGAAAUCAUUGGAUGAGAAGAUGAAGAAGUGGGUUCAUGCGAUUAAGAUUUCCGUUAGGGUUCUUUUGUCUGGCGAGAAGAGGCUUUGUGAGCAAAUUUUUAGUGGAUCGGAACUGAUUAAAGAAGUGUGCUUUGUUGAAACUGCUAAGGCAUCUAUGAUGCAGCUGUUGAAUUUCGGCGAGGCAGUGGCGAUAGGGAAGAGGUCCUCGGAGAAGCUGUUUCGUAUACUUGAUAUGUAUGAUGUGCUGGUGGAUGUUUUGCCUGAUUUGCAGAUGUUGUUUACUGAUGAACCAGGUACAUUAGUUUGCAGUGACGCUGGAAAAUUAGUGGAAGGAUUGGGUGAUGCGGCAAUUGGCACACUUGUGGAGUUUGAAAAUGCUGUUAAGGGUGAGGCAUCUCGGAAGCCAAUUCAAGGUGGGGAGAUUCACCCGCUGACCCGUUAUGUGAUGAAUUAUCUGAAAUUGCUGGUUGAUUACAGUGAUUCUCUGAAUGCAGUUUUAGAAAUAACUGUGGAUAAACCGAACCAUUUACUAAGUGAUAAUAGACAUAAUUUGCUUUUAGAAGACAUGUCUUUGGUAGCACAGCGAUUGCUAUUGCUAAUAACCUCUUUGGAAUCAAACCUAGAGGAGAAAUCGAGACUGUAUGAGGAUAUUGCAAUGCAAUAUAUAUUCCUAAUGAACAAUACCCUUUACAUAGUCCAGAAAAUAAAAGACUCCGAGCUUGGAAAGAUUUUGGGAGAUCAAUAUGUUCGAAAAAGACGUGGUCAGAUUCGCCAACAUGCCACAAGCUACCUCAGAGCUUCAUGGAGCAAGGCCUUGUCCUGCUUGAAGGAUGAAGGGAUUGGUGGAAGCACAAGUAAUGCCUCAAGGGUUGCUCUGAAGGAAAGGUUUAAAAAUUUUAAUGCGUGCUUUGAAGAUAUUUACAGGACACAGUCAACUUGGAAGGUCCCAGAUGCUCAACUUCGUGAAGAGCUUCGGAUAUCAAUAUCAGAGAAAGUGCUUCCAGCUUAUCGGGCAUUUAUGGGAAGGUUCGGGAGUCAGCUAGAGGGUGGAAGACAUGCUGGGAAGUACAUAAAGUACACACCAGAUGAUUUAGAGAACUAUUUGUUGGAUCUAUUUGAAGGAACACCAGGCAAUGGCAUUCAGCACCACCUGAGAAGAAAAAGUACAUAGGCUCUCGUAACAGAGAUAAAAAUGCCUUCAAGGAUGAAGUGUUUUCCUGGACAAGAUGAGGUAGAACAUAUCAAGUAUCUAUCAUUGUUAAAGAGAAGAAGGGAAAGGUUGAAGGUGAAAUUGCCAUAUAACUAGAGCAGGAUGGAUGAAUUUGAGAAGCGAUUAUGGAUAUAUCAUAUAUAUAAUGAAACUGCUCUACAAGGCUCCUUGUUUGCAGCCUGUUGAAUCAGCCCUUAACAUUCUGAUCUUUGUUCAGUCAAGGCCUUAACCCACCCGACUUGUGUAAAUCCAUUUUGUGUUGAUCAUUCAACCUGAGUUAGCAGUGUACAAAGUGUCUUGGACUUGUCUGUAGAUUUCCUUGGUAAUUCUUACAGGUAAUGAAACAAAAUAAGUUAGUGUAUAUUAUAUAUAUAUAUAUAUAUAUAUAUAUAUAUAUAUAUAUAUAUAUAUUUCUGUCAUUUCAUCUCAUGAAGUGAAAUGGAUGGUGGCUUUGGGGGGUUUGACCUAUUCAGAGCCCUAACAUCCCUGUUAUACUUUUUGUCAUUAGAGCUUCUUAUUGUUAGAGGCUUUUUUUGUAGUUGUUGACAACAGUGAGUGUUUGAAUUGGAUGAUGGUAUUGUUUGUGGCUU